GAGGGAGGGUGGGAGGGAGGGCAUCUCCCGCCCGCCCCGCCGGGAUUGAGCGCCGGGAGAGCGGCGGGACGGCCGGGAAGCACCAUGCGGGCUCCGGGGCUGCUGCCGCUGCUCCCGCUGCUGCUGCUGCUGCUCGGUGCCAGCUGUGAGGAUGAUCCAGCUCCUGCAGGUCCAGACGGAAGUGACACCAUCACCACGACCACAGGCACCAGCAAGGCACAAGUGACCACCCCUACAAGCAGUGCAGGAGACACACCACCCGAGCCUAAGUCACCUACCACAGUUCAAACGACCACCACAACAGCCAAGCCAGAAACCCCUGCACCCUCUGCCACAUCACCCACCGCUGCUCAAGGCACCACCACUGCAAGCACUCCGAGAACCACCCCAUCCACCCCUGCAUCAUCACCUACCACAGUGCAAGGGGCCACCACCACCGCCAAACAGGGAAACCCAACACCUGCCCCCACCACAUCAGCCCCCAGCUCCCAGCAGGCCGGCUCUGCAGCCAGCUCUGGAGCAUCCACAGCCAGCCCUGCUGCAGCCCCCGCUGCUGCCGAGCAGCAGACCAGUCCUACGGGCAGUUCGGGAAGCUUGGGGACCACCACCACUGCAAACCCUGUCCUCACUCAUGUGAGCAGCCCUCCAGCCACCCAAGGAGGUUUAGGGGCUGCUGCCACAUCCAGGUCAGAUGCUCAGGGAGGCCAGCCUCCGGAUCAUUUGGCCAGUACCACUGAGAGCACCGGAGUCCUGAGCAGCAGUUCUGCCCUUGGCCCCAAGGACCAUGCCCCUUUUUCUACACAUGUCACCAAGCAGCCUCAUUCUUCUUCCAGUUCUCCAGCCCAGGACCUUGCCUCUUCCACCAGACCUGGAAGCACCAACCCUUCUGUUACCUCUUUAAGUGGAUCUCUGCCCCUCCCCACCAGUAAAACAUCUCCAACUUCACCACCUGGCAGCAUCCACAAGAGCCCAGAGGCAGCCACCACACUGACUCCUGGAGCAGAGGACUCAGACCAGAGAAGCCACGAUGUUGGACCUACAUCAGCCAAACCCACCAGUGCCUCCCGGGGCCCUGACAGUGCCCAGCCAUCCCCCCCAGCCCCAGGGGACCACACAGUGCCCAGCAGUCCUGGCCACCAGCACCUGAACACUUCUUUCCAAAAUGAGGUCAUCUGCAAAGAUGCUAAAGGUGCACCUGUAGAGGUGCAAAACAACGGGCUCACCAUGUAUCUGAAAGAAGCCAAAACCUGUGCUGAGUGGAGGACGGCGAGCGCCAACAUCUCCUUCUUCGAGAGCUUGUGCUCGACGGGCCGGCACACGUUCGACGCCAGCAGGGAGAGCUGCACGGUGACACUGCUGUCCCACGAGCCACAGUCCCAGCGCUGGGACGUGCAGGUGGUCCUGCACCUCCCUUUGCACCCUGAAAACAUCCUCGAGGAGCUGGAGAGGAAGGACAAGUUAGAGCAGCUGGGCAUCAGCAUCGCCAACGUCACCAACGACAAAACGGAGAGGGAGGCGAUAAUCGACGAGUUCAGCACCCCCCUGAUCAUCACCAUCGUCACCCUGGCCGGCUCCCUGCUGCUCAUCGCCGCCAUCUACGGCUGCUGCCACCAGCGCUUCUCCCAGAAGAAGGACCAGCACAUCCACCCUGAUCUCCCCGGGUUUGAUGAUGGACAUGUGGCCCUGAUCUUUAAUCAGCGCCUGACCGAGGAGCUGCAGACCAUGGAGAACGGCUACCAUGACAACCCCACGCUGGAGGUGAUGGAGACCUCCUCCGAAAUGCAGGAGAAGAAGGUGAACCUCAACGGUGAGCUGGGGGACAGCUGGAUCGUUCCUCUCGACACCCUCAUGAAGGAGGACCUGGAGGAAGAGGAGGACACGCAUUUAUAGGGUGCAGAACACGAUCAAGCAAAAAACGACCACCACUCCCCCCAAAAAUCCCCUUAAUCCUUCUACACACGCACACACAGCUCCAAAAUAAGGCAAAAUCCACCCCCC